ACUGGGGAGCCCAGAAGGCGGGGGGACUGGUCCCUGGCAAAGGAGGCUUGCAGGGCGGCCACACUCCGCCAGAGAAGCCGAGGAGGAGGCCAGGCGGGAGACAAUAGCAGCAGCAGCAGCAGGCAGCCUGGGGAAGCCGUGGAGGACUGGCUCCGCCUUCCCGCCUCCUGAUUGGCUGGCGGGGAAUUUGGGGGAGGAGGAGGAGGAGUCCGGCUGCGAGAGCGCGCGCCAGGCAUUGUGUGCGCCGCCGGAGGGUCGCGACUGAGCCAGAAGAGAAGAGCCCCGGGAAAAGGAGGAGCAGCAGACAGGAGGGCGCGCGCGCCCAGGCUCUCCUUCCUUCCUCUCUCUGUAGCCCUCUCCUCAUCCCCAGUGAAGGAGGAGAGGACGGAGGGGCGAGACCCCCUGCUCUUGCCUUGCGGAGGCACAACGCUGGAGGAGGAGGAGGAGGAAGAGGAGGCUCAGCAAUGGAGGAGCUGAGCAGUGUGGGAGAGCAGGUCUUCGCCGCCGAGUGCAUCCUCAGCAAGCGGCUCCGCAAGGGCAAGCUGGAGUAUCUGGUGAAGUGGAGGGGCUGGUCUUCCAAGCACAACAGCUGGGAACCAGAAGAGAACAUUCUUGAUCCCAGGCUUCUCCUGGCCUUCCAGAAGAAAGAACAUGAGAAAGAGAUGCAGAAUCGGAAGAAAGGCAAGCGACCCAGAGGCAGACCUAGAAAAAAUGUGGAACCAGAGAUGCCUUCAAAGAGUAAAUCCAGUAGCUCUUCAUCUUCAACCUCCUCCUCAUCUUCCUCUUCUGACGAAGAUGAUGAAAGUGAUCUUGAGACAAAGAGAGGUCAACGGAGCAGAGAGAGUCACCCAGUGCCUCAGAAGAAGGCUCAGAUUCUAGUGGCCAAACCAGAGAACAAGGACCUUGUGAGGAAGAAGCGUGGGCGGAAACCACUGCCUCCAGAGCAGAAGGUAGCCAAGAGGACUGUCAAUCUAACAAAGGUACUUAAAACAAAUCAAAAGGAAAUUGGACGGGGAGGAGGACCGAAAACGAUGAGCAAGAUGACCCCGCAACACAAUGCUCAGAGUUCUGGUAUUGCUAUGCUGAAAUCCCACAUGAAGGAAGCCCAAGGGGCAUUUGGUGGGUUUUGUUCUGGACCAUCCUCUGCUGACAAUCUCUCUAAUAUUGUGAAGAACACCUCCCUUGGAAGCCCAAGCUGUGGCAUCAGCUGGCAAAGCUCCAUCGUUCAUUACAUGAGCAGGAUGUCACAGAACCAGAGUUCAGCAGAUGCCUCUGCAGUGGGGAGGUUGGCCCUCAAGUCAGCCAUGUCCUGCAAGAGUAGCCUGGGACUGGAUUUAAAACUGAAAAACCAGAAAGGGGCUGGGGACCUGGAGUUGACCAUGCAAGGAUCCAAAGUGACUAAGAGGCCCAAUGGUAGCAGUGCACUGGGAGAACAGAAAACAGGGUAUGGGGUCAGUGCUCAGAAUUUGCACAAUGGCAACAAGGUUCCUGCUGGUAGCCAGCCAGCUUCCAACCAGGAGUUCAAUCUCCAAGCUUUGAAUCUACAGAGUGUGAAAAAUGGGCCAAACUCCACUGGUGGUAGCAGCCUUCCUCGACACAGUUGCGGGGCUGCAGCCAAAAGUGCAGGCAGCACUCUAGCGACAAGCAUAGGUGUGGUCAAGGGCAGUGGGACUGGUGGCAGUGGGCCAAAUACUGCCAGUGCAGGGGCACCGUUAAUGGACACAGAUGCUCGCAAAAGUGAGAAGGCCUCACAGAGCACAACCAUUGAUGAGAAAGAUGUGACAACCAAAAGCAGUGGCCCUUGUGUGAAAGAGGGCUGCUCUACAGCAGAGAACCACAAGACUUCAGCCCUGUCAGAAAUGAGCACCGGAGAAGAGGAAACUAGCUCUGAUUCAGACAGAGAUUCUGCUUCUUUCCCUGGAGCAGGCCAGAACAUGACUGUCUCCAUCCAAACUAGCCAAGACUGGAAGCCCACUCGCAGCCUCAUCGAACAUGUCUUUGUCACAGAUGUGACAGCUAACCUGAUCACAGUGACUGUUAAGGAAUCUCCAACCAGCGUUGGCUUUUUUAAUCUUAGACAUUACUGAGCUCUAAGGCAUGCAGGGUCUCUCUCUCUCUCUAACUCUCUCUCUCAUUCUAUAUGAUGGUUGCCUUGGAUGACAGAAGGAAAAACAAAACUUAAUUACUAUUGUUCUUUAUAAGCUAGAUGCUAUUAAGCAGUAACUGUAUUGGGAGAUUCUAUAACUGCUAACCAUGGUUGCUUUUGGUUUCUGUUAGUUUUUUCUGUGGAAACUCCCUGAAACUAGUUCUUCUUGGGAACCAAAUCGUUAUACAGCUACAAAAUACACCCAUACAUACACAUCUGUAUGUAAGGAUGGGCUUUCACAAGGAAUGGCUUUAGCAGCCACAAAUGGUGUGUUGGGUGAAAGCUGAUAGCCCAGGUUUUGCAAUAGCUGAAUUUCUUAGCUUUAUCAUUUGAAAAUGGUACGGAACUAGGUAUCCAGGUGCCUAGUAAACUGCAGGCAGGGAGGAAAAUCCCCAAAACAUCCCUGUAGUACAAUAACACUGUGUUUCCCAAGGUAAGUGGCUCCUUAUUUUUCCACCAAACUCCAGAUCUGACUCUUGUAAACUCUUGGAACAGCGAAGGUGAGUCUAAUCCUCAAAACAAUUCUUUACAUUUAAGAGACCUAGAAAAAGGUUUGUAAAGUGAGAAUUUUGUUUACUUGUUACUGAGUAGGCCUUGUUGAGGGAAACAAAAGAGGAUGAUACUGAAGAGGAUGCUGUUUUUGGGGGGUAGGCUUAAAGGACACAAAUGCUAUGGGCUGCAUGUGUUUUAGAAGGCUCAAGGAGAGUGUUGGCAUCUUGAAGCAUCAAGAACUAUCUGGUAACUUACCUGUAACAUACAUACAUAUAUAUAUAUAUAU